AUGUCCUUCCUUGAUAACCUCGCAGUUCCUAAAAAUUUGCAAGAACCUAAAUUCGACUUUUUAGUUGAUUCCUUGUUUUCCAGACUAGAUGGCGUACGUAAGGAUAAUCUAGGACAAUUUAGGAACAUCACUUCCAAGAAGGUACACAUUGUAAAAUCAUUUGUGGAUAACUUUAAAACUCAUAUUGGUGACGAUGUAUUUCCCAGUUCAAGGUUAAUAUUCCCGAACAAGGAUAAGAGGCUAUAUUUUAUCAGAGAUGUGACGUUGGCAAGACUAAUUAUUAAAAUAUUUAAUAUUCCUCGAAACUCUGAAGACUACAAUGUGUUAUUCAACUGGAAACGAAGUUAUCAUACAGCUAAAGGUUUCAAUAGCAAUAAAAGAUAUUUGAGGAAUUUACCUUUAAUCAUUGCACGCAUUAUAUCUAAUCGCCGUUUAGAUGUCAAUCGAUCCGAAAGGAAAGUAACUGUCAAGGAAUUGAAUGAGAUGUUGGACAAGCUCACAAACGCCUCAAAAAGUUCUGAGCAAAUUAUCUUAUUGGGUCCGCUAUUAAAGUCAAUGACAGUGGAAGAUAUCCGAUGGCUCCUUGCAAUUAUUCUUAAGGUCUCAAUAUUAAACAUUUUUGAGCCUAUUUUUUUCGAUUCCUGGCAUCCCGACGGAGCGAGAUUAUUCAGAGUUUGCAAUAGUUUAGAAAAGACGUUUAGAUAUCUUUCUGACCCCAAUAGAAGAUUGAAUGAAGACCAAUUGGUAGUGCAUCCAUUCUUACCAUUUUUGCCGCAGCUUUCGCAUAAACUCUUCAUAAGCUAUGACCAACUCUCUAAGAAAAUGAAGACUAGAUUUCCCAUGAAUAAUCUGCUAAUGAAGGAAUAUAACGCACUUGAUCUAGAAAACAAAUUUAUUAUAGAAGAAAAAAUGGACGGUGAUAGAAUUCUAUUACAUAUGAAGAACAAUAAAUUCAAGUUUUUUUCUAGAAGGCUCAAGGAUUACACUUUAUUGUACGGAGAAAACUUCCACAUUGGAUCGUUAACUAAAUAUUUAUCCAACGCCUUCGAACCUGGAGUGCGAAGUAUAAUAUUAGAUGGUGAAAUGGUUACUUGGGACUUUAAGAGGAACGUCAUAUUACCCUUUGGUACCUUAAGGGCUGCAGCGAUUCAAGAGGCGGUAAAGAGUUUUAAUACUUCUGAUCAGUACUUUGAGCAGUCAUCGUAUCCCUUUUUUAUUGUAUUUGAUAUAAUCCAUUUAAAUGGUAAAAAUUUGACAUCUAUGCCUUUAUUUUAUAGGAAGGAAUUACUCAAGAGAUUAAUUAAUCCAGUUCCCCAUCGUCUUGAAAUAUUGGAUGUUUAUUAUGCAUCUACACCCAGUGAUAUAAGGGCAGCCAUCAAGAAAAUAGUCAGUCUGAGAUGCGAAGGAAUUAUGGUCAAACAUAUUCAACUGAAGUACCAUAUAAACAAUCGAAGCCACAAUUGGAUCAAGAUAAAACCAGAAUAUUUAGAACAAUUUGGCGAAAACUUAGAUCUCACUGUAAUUGGCAAAGAACCUGGUAUUAAGAAUUCCUACAUGGUAGCUUUGAAAGAUAGCAAUGGGGUAUUUCGUAGCUUUAGCAUGGUCGCGAACGGAUUUACAGAGUACGACUAUGAUAAAAUUGAGAGAAUGACCCAUAAUAAAUGGCGUAGCUUCAAGGAAUUUAAGCUUCCACCCACGCUAAAAUUUGGCACGAAGAGACCCUCGUAUUGGAUUCAUCCACAUGAGUCGUUCGUCCUUGAGAUUAAGGCAAGAUCAAUUGACUCAAGUUAUGAUACGACUUACGCCGUUGGAUCAAGUUUGCAUAAUAUUUAUUGUAGGAGUAUUAGAGAAGAUAAAUCACCAGAUGAUUGCAUAACUUUUGAGGAAUAUAACAAUAUGAGAGCGAAGUAUUCUAAAAAUGUGACGAAGUCUCAGACUAUAAAUAAAAGAAGAAGACUCCAAGCCUCAUUUGAUGAGAAUGUGUCCAUGACAUCUACUUCACUCAAAGUCGAGUCAGACUUGUUUUCAAGCUUUAGUUUUGUUAUCUUGACAGAUAAAGUUACGAAAGAUGGAGAAAGGAUUCCUAUAGCUGAACUAAAAAAGCUUGUAAAAAGUUUUCAAGGUGAGGUUAUUAGGUAUCCAUCUGAGGACACUGGGAAGCAAAUCGUGAUUAUUUGUCAAUUUUUCUUGCCUGUGGCGGAAGUCUACCUUAAAAAUGGAUACGACCUCGUAAUGCCAGACUGGAUUUUCGAGUGCAUAAGAAGAAACGCUAUAGUUGAGCUAGAACCAGUACUUCUCUUUAAAUCCAAAACUUUAGGGUAUUUUGACAAUUCGCGAAUCGAUAAAUACGGAGACAGUUGGAUAGUGCAUACCAAUAACCUAAACAAUUUGCAUUUUUCUAAUUCCUUGGGGUAUAGAGAGAUCUACGAAGCUAAACAAGAGGCGAAAAGUGAUUUUGUGAAGUAUAAUAUAAAGGUGCCCUUAAGGUUUUUAUUUGAUUCUAUUGAAUUUUUUGUGGUUCUGUUGAAUGCCGACAAAUCUGCGGCCAAAUAUUUGAAAGAAAAGAUAGAGAGAUUUGGAGGUAAAAUCACACAGAAUCUCAAAAGCUGCACAUUUGUUGUCGUCCCCCAAUUUACAUAUACAAGUGCGGACUUACGAGAGGAUAUUGUCACAAGGGUCAAUGAAAUUUCUAUCUUCUUUGCACAAGAACUAGAAUUCAAUGACGUAGAUCCCGAAACGACUGGGAUAGUGCUAGAGGGUUUUAUAGAUGCAUCUAUUAAGUUUGAAACUUUGGUUGAUGUUAACGAUUUUAAAUUUGUGUAA